GAGAGAGAGAGAUUAGUGUGGAGAGUUGUAAGCCUUCGUACCGAGAAGAAUCGAGGUAGGGAAGGUCGAGAGAGAGAAGAGAGAAGGAUGUCUGGAGCAAGCAGAUUGCUGAGAACCACUAGAGCUCUUCGGUCGGAUCGUCUUCCUUCUUCCAGCUCUUGCUCUCGUCUUCCGCCUCCGAGAUUUGCAUGGAGGGGAGGAGAGAAGCAGCGCUUGGCAGGCUGCCAAGGGAGGAAGAAGGUGGCGGCGGCGUCCGACGCCACCGUCGUCUUGCCCGACACAAAGCAGAAGCCUUCGUCUGCAGAAGGAAUGGAGAUCGUACAUCUCUCCACCCUGAUAACCGAACUGGCCGACGCGGCCCGCCGACUCCUGGACCCAUCGAAACGGGCAGUCUGGGUGAAGAACUGGAGAACUGUUGCGGAGAUCCUAAUCGAAAAGGUACACCUCACGCAUCCUCUUCCAUUCCUCCGCCACCAAACUCAUGCUUGCUUACCGCAGGGAGUCACCGGUUGCCGAUCCUUCACACUGAUCGCGGUUGCAGGAUCUCUCAUAGGCUCAAUCUUGUGCUUCGUCGAGGGUUGCUUCUUUGUUCUGGAAUCAUAUUGCCAAUAUUUCCAGCCAGGCAUGGAUCAAGGUGGAAUCAUACGGUCACUUGUGGAAGCCAUAGAUAUGUUCCUCGUGGGGACUGCUCUGCUUACUUUCGGAAUAAGCUUGUACGUCAUGUUUGCAAGCUCGGAAGAGAUGAAGCAGAAAAGAGGGUGGCAAACAGCUAAAUCCUGCUUUGGAUCAUUCAAUCUCAAGAAGCUUGCUGAUAGCAUGGAGAUGCAGUCGAUGUCGCAUGCGAAAUCCAGACUCGGGCAUGCAGUUCUCCUGAUUCUUCAAACAGGAGUGGUGGACAAGUUCAAGAACGUUCGACUGGCGAGUGGGAUGGACUUGGCUUGUUUUGCCGCAGCGGUGUUUGUGUCCUCAGCUUGCGUUUUCCUCCUCUCCAAGCUCUCGAUGCAGCACAGCAAAAAUGAACAAGAUAUAAGCUGCCAUGUCUCUGAUAAAGGCAAAGGAAUGAUCCGAAGAACAUGAUUUCAGCAACAAUUUGUUGGAGCAAAUUUUCCAGCCUGAUUCUUUUUCGAGUCUCUCUUCUUAUUCAAGAAAAAGAUGGACUUGGUAGUUCAUCAUUCAUUUCUGUUGUAGGAGGAAACAAAGAACAUAUUCGUAGAAACUUGCUGAUGAUAAAGCAAUUUCUUGUAAGAGUAUCAAGGCAACAAUUACAAAGGAAUACCCAAAAAACAUACUUAUUUUGUUCUUUUAA